AUGUGUGAAAUAAGUGAAUCCUCUAUAUUUCACGGGUCUUGGUUUUCUCAUGACCUUGGUCUCCUUGCAAGCAGAUGUUAUGAAUUAGCUGGGAAGCUUGUUGCUUGGAGCAUCCUGCAUGGAGGAAGUGGCCCUCGCUGUUUAUCGUCAGUUGGUUAUGAUCUGCAACAAUCGUGCCAGGUUGCUCUGGAGAAAGGCGUUGAUGCUGUUAAUGACAUGGAAAUGAAAAGCAUGUUGCAAGACUUCAUAAAUUGCACAUCUGAAGAUAUCUUCACAUCAUUGGUCAGCCAGCAUGGUGACAAAAUUGCAGAGCUUGGUUAUUCAAAAAUCUAUAGUUGCAACCUGUCACAUAAAAAUGAAAUGAUUGAGUCCUUGCUGAAGCAACAUUUUGUUUAUGGGGUCAAUGCAGAAGUAUUGCAAUUCUUCUAUGGAUUAAAUUCUAUUGGUCAGCUUGGUGACAUGAUUUUGCAAAACAGAGGGCUGUUUGAUUUGAUCUUGGGCAACCAACAUCCGGUAUUAACAAAAUCAACAUUCAUGGCAUUGUACGAGCUAAACCGUUCAGAAGAAGGUUCCAAUGAGAGAAGCAAGGAAGAUACUACAAUCUACUGCUUCAAAGUUUUUCUGCAAGAUCUCGAAGAAGGUGAUGUUCACAGGAUAUCUUUGGAAGAUCUUCUUGUAUUUAACACUGGGGCCAAUUGUUUCCCUCCAUUAGGAUUCAGUAAGAAAAUUAUUAUUGAUUUUUAUAACUUUGAAGAAAACAACCGUCGUCGUCCAUUUGCAUCAACAUGUGGACUCUAUUUUUUCCUUCCAAGAGGAUUUGAAGAUCCUGUUGAAUUCUCAGAAUUCUUAAGAGAAGCACUUUUGCAGUGUCAUGGAUUCGGAAAGCUCUAA